GCGGCGGACUACGGGCGCUUCCAAUGUUUAUGGAUCCCGUGUCAGGAUUUGGUCACGGAUGUCCAGCAUGUUUUCGUGUUUGAACUUGCGGCAGGCAUGGGCAUUCUGUGAUCCUUUCCCCUACUCGCUCGACUUCAUCCCAGCAUGCAAGUUUGGUUUAGACCCGCCGAUCGCAAUCACGGCCAUUUUGACAUUGGUUAUGUCUGUGUGCUGAUAAGAUUAGAUCUUGCAUGCCGGAGCGCCAAGUGAGCAACCCGAGAAUCCAAAGAUAGGCAGCUUCGCCAGCUCCUGGAUUUAUAACGCCAUGUUCGCAGGGCCGGGAGCCGCACGGCCAGCCGCCUGCUGCUCACUAUCGCCGUUCUCCCAUGUCGCAGGCCCCGGUAGAGUCGCCAGUCCCACCACCGGCCGUCGACGAACGGCAGCCGCUGCUCACGAGUGUCGAGGAGGAUCCCGAGGAGCAGCUGGACGAUGUCGACAUUCCUCUUGAGAAGAAGAGUAGCUUGUGGACGUAUAGCUGGUAUGCGGUGUUGACAGUGCUGGUGGGAGUCGCGCUGGGCUUCUUCAUCAAGGGCUUCAUAGAUGCGGACGAUGUCGAGUUUGACCUAGGCAAGGCGCUGAAGAGUGCACUAGGUGGCGGGUUGAGUGGUGCUGCAGCCAUGGUGCUGCAAGUGUUCACGCUCAUGCCCCUCCGCACGGUCAUGAACUACCAAUACCGCUACGGCGCGACCACGACCGAGGCGAUCAAGACCUUGUACGCCGACGGCGGCUGGACGCGCUACUACCAGGGGCUCACCGCCGCGCUCAUCCAGGGCCCCGUCUCGCGCUUCGGCGACACCGCCGCGAACGCGGGCAUCCUCGCGCUCCUGCAGAGCAACUCCUUCAUGAAGCGUCUGCCCGCGCUCGUGAAGACGGUCUUCGCGAGCAUCGCCGCUGCGCUCUUCCGCAUGAUCCUCACGCCCGUCGACACCGUCAAGACGACGCUCCAGACGGAGGGCAAGCCUGGGCUCGCGCUCAUCCGCGCCAAAAUCCGGCGGUACGGCGUCGGCGCGCUGUGGUAUGGCGCAUGGGCGACCGCGGCGGCGACGUUCGUCGGGCACUACCCGUGGUUCGGUACAUACAACGGGCUGGAUGAGGCGCUCCCGAAGCCGAACACGCUGUUUGAAAAGCUCGCCCGCCAGGCGUUCAUCGGCUUCUGCGCGUCGGUCGUGUCCGACACGAUCUCGAACUCGCUCCGUGUGGUGAAGACGUACCGCCAGGUGCACCGCGCCCGCGUGGGCUAUAUGGAGUCGGCGCGCGCUGUGAUUGCCACGGAUGGGCUGAAGGGCCUGUUCGGCCGCGGCUUGAAGACGAGGAUACUGGCGAAUGGUUUGCAGGGACUGAUGUUUUCGAUCCUCUGGAAGCUCUUCCUGGACCUGUGGAACGAAAAGACGAAGUAGAUGGCUGCCGAGUGGUGCUAUAUGAUAUGUUCGACUGUUCCUCUUGCUGUACCGUCUUGUAACGUGACUAUAUGCGCUGAAUCUCACACGUAGUGAGGGACCAGCUACUCAUAGCUGACAAGUCUAGUCAGUGAGGAUAGAGUCUGCGUGUGUCGUCUCCGUGGGUAGUCGUGAAGGUGGUGGGUAAGAGGUAAGAAGGGGGAGCUGCACGACAGGCCCAAAUGGCAAUGAA